AUUACUCUGUGGUGCUGCCGCCCUCUGGUGCCUACAGUACGUAGUGCGGCCCUCGGUUGCCUCAUUCCUGUCUGUCCCAAAGGAGCCCAUCAAUCUGUGGUCAGUCUUCGGGGCAGAACAGCUACAAAACUGGCAGGACCCAAUGUAAAGUGAAAAUGCACGGCUCCUUGGUCAAAGUAAUUGAGAAUUUCAAGAUGUCAGAAGCACACAGUGAUGCCUAGCACAAGGUCAUCUAACAGAAAACAAAGUAGGGUGAAGGAGAAGGAGUGAGAGUAUCACGAGGGGAUCUUUCUUGUUCUAUAAGAUGCUCAGUGAAAUCUACCAUGGUGAGGUGACAUCUGAGUGAGACCUGAAGAGAGGGAGGAAGCAGUAAUGUAAAUCUCUGCACGAAGAUUAUUCCAAGAAGCACCUAUGCCCGGGGGCAGGAGCUGGCUUGAAUGUGGAGGAAGGGUCAGGAAACCACUGUGGCUGGAACACACGGCCUUCAGGGUUUCUGUCAACACCCAGGAAGCAAGGAGCAAGAGACAGCAGAAGGCCUCUCCCACUAAGGCUCGCGAUGGGAUCGCAGACACGCACCCUCUGGGGGUCGGGAAGGAUCGGACACUCCAGGCUCAGCGUCUCCUUUCCCAUCCUCCCCAGUCCCUGCACCUGGUGGCCCCAGUAUGGAAUGGGGGUACCAGGGGCAUCGGUGGCCUGAGCAGGGUGGUGGCCCCCGAGGGCAAUCAGAAGAAGGGGAGGUCGCUGCUCCAGUUCCUGGCUGACUGCUUCUAUGACGUGGAGGCUCUCAGGGACCACCUGCUCCGAAAGCAGGUGUCAAAGGUGCACCAGAAAAAUCGACCCUUCAACCACAUCAACCAGCGAUACGGUCCCUACGUCGCGGGUGCCUAUUUCAUCCUGAAGCAGGGAGGCGCGGUCAGGUUUCAGGGCAGGGAGUGGAUCCGGCCAAAUCAGCGUGGCCACUUCUCUCUGGACUUCUUGAAGUUGCAGGCGGUGCCCGUAGAGGCCGUCGAUGCCAGCGGCUGUGCCAUCAACUACCAAGGCCUGGACAGCCUCUUGGCCCUGAAGGAGCUCCAGUCCCUGUGGCUGCAGCGCUGCCCCCACGUGGAUGACUGGUGUCUCAGCCGCCUCCAUCCGCUGGCCAGCUCGCUGCAGGAGCUCUCGCUGGCCGGCUGUCCCCGAGUCUCUGAACGGGGCCUCGCCUGCCUCCACCACCUCUGGAACCUCCGCAGACUCGACAUCUCGGACCUCCCUGCCGUGUCCAGUCCGGGCCUCACUCGGAUCCUGGUGGAAGAGAUGCUUCCUAGUUGCGAGGUCCUGGGGGCCGACUGGGCCCAGGGCCUCAAGCUGGGGCCAGAGGAGCAGCCUCGGGACACAGCCGGCCCCACCCCUGCCUAGCCCUCGGCCAGCCACCGUCAGGCUGGAUCUCAGCGGGACCCGGCGGAGUGUCCCACGGUUCCCCGUACUUCUGGCUUCCGCCGGGUUCACUCGGUGUGGGGGUUGGGCUCUGGCUGGCUGCAUCCUAGGGGGAAAGGUCACAGCUCCUGUCUCCUGUCAGGAGGCUCUGUCCACAGGCUUCUGUCCUGGGUUCCAACCAACAGUCGCCUCCUCCUGCCUCUUCAGGUCUGGGGGAGGGUUACCAGCCCCAGGAGCUGUGCUCCCCCCACGGUUUCCCCACACCUGCCCACUAGCACGUAAGAGACUCUGCUCUUGUGUCCAGAGACUCUCCAAGUAUCUUUAUUUGAGUGUGCUGCUGCUUCCUGCCCGGACCUGGCUGACACCAGGGCGCUGCUGGCACGCUAGGGGACGGGUCUUCGGGGUGUGACACCGCUCAGCUCACCGCAGGCUACGGCAUCCCUGGCCGGCACUCACGAGAUGCCAGGAGUGCCCCAGGUCCCACGGUGUUGCCGCUUACCCACGUAUUGGCUCCAAAUUCAGCGUUCUCGUUUGCUCCGUGAAAACUGACCUGGGCCUUUGCUAAGUGGCACGAAGAGGUUUGUCAGUAGAGGGCGCCCUAGAGGUUCCAGGAGGAGAGGCUUUUGCUUCCUGGUUCCCGAGGAGGACGACGGUGUGCUCACUCUUUGGUCUGGCUCCCUGCCCUGAAUGCUCAGUGGUCAGCAGCUUCCCCUACCCACCCCCCCACCCCCCACCCCCCGCCGGCAGCUUCAGAGCUGUGCCUCCACUGAGGCACCUCCCUGCAAAUGACUCUCCACGGCACCCCACCUGGGGGACCUCCAGUAAAUGCCGAGGCACCUUACCCUGUUAUUUCAAUUUGCCAUUCAAGUCAAUAAUUCUUUACAUUAAACUUCACCUGCUCAA